CCCAUCUCUCCAAUUUCUCCAUCAGAGAUUACGCAUAUAGUAACCGGAAGAACAACAUCAAGAACAAUUGGCCAUUUUCCCCAAAAAGUCUCCAACUUUUUUCAACUCAUGGCUUCAUCGUCUGGGAAGCAAAUCGUAUCCUAUGUUCAUCAAGGAAGAGAUUUGGCUAAACUUGGGUUGAAUCAGACAUUAGCAGAGACUAGUAAAGGAGUUUGUAGCCAAUCAAGAAUCAUCGAGAAUGGUUUGUUUUCGAGUACAAGUGUUUCCAAGUCUGAAGUAGAGAUAGCUGUAGCUGCUACAAGUAAUAAGAAGGACAACCACAGUAAAAAGUGUGGAAGAGGGAUGGUGAAAUCUAAAGAAGAUAGUUGUGGUGGCCUUGUGACGACUUCUGAAUCAAUAAUGGCUUCAAAAACAUGUCCUAUUUGCAAAACCUUCUCAUCAGCUUCUAACACAACUUUGAAUGCUCACAUCGACCAGUGUUUGUCUGUUGACUCAGCACUGCCACCGGUUGUCUGUAGUAAGCCAAACAAGCCUAGAACUAAGCCACGGGUGAAAGUUAAAACGAUGGUUGAUAUCUACGCUUCUGCGAAAGAAGGCACAUUAGAAGAUCUUGAUAAAAGAAAUGGAACUAAGUGGGUGUCGAUUUUGAGUUAUACAAAUAGAGUUGUUGCUGACAAGUCUGAAGUGUCUAAGAAGCGGAAAGUUUCGCCUGUUGGCGUUGGUCCGGUUUAUAUUGAUGCUAAGGGCCAGAAGUUGCGGAUUUUAUCUGAGUUCAGCGAGAAGAAGAAGACUUCUACUACUCCGUUGAGAGAGCAGCACGAGGAAGGUAGUAGUGAUAAGAAAUGUUUAAACCAAGGUAGUAAAGGAACCAAUAAAUGCUUGAGGAAAAUUCGUCGAGGAAAGAAACCUCAUAAGUAUGUUAAACUAACCAAUCACAAAGCCAAUGUUCCAGAGCAGAUACCUGGAGAUCAAAGAGGUUUUUCUGGAGAAGGUAGUCACACUGGUCAUCGUAGAAUCUAUAAUCAGCGGAUGCUAGCAAAGCGUGGUCUGAUUUCGAAGAAGCUAAAUGAGAAAAGAGAUGAGUUUUAUAGUUUGCGGGAUCAGCCAUCUGAGGAUGAUGAAGAUACAUGGUCAGGAGGAGAUCCUACUGUCUUGAGAGGUACUGAUUUGUCUGCCACAGAUUCUUAUCCUUCAAAUAAACAGAAGUUGGGAAGCGAAGUUGUUCGACGAAAAAAGACUUUGUUUGGGAGUAAAACUGCUCAAAGUCGUUCAUUUAGAGUCCCUCAGAGUGAAAAAGAGGAUGAGUCACUUGAGGGAGUUCAAAUAAACUCUCUCCGAUUAAAGAAGAACAUUGCUUCAUUUCAAGAAGAUAAGUAUCCACCUGGAAAGAAUUUCUGCUCAGAUGCUGUAGAUGUUUCAGAUGCAUCUCCUCGUGGAACUAGCAUGACUAGCAUGAGAAAGUUUUCCCCACCUUUCGUACCAAAUGCCUGGAGGCGACUAUCUAUGCCUGUGGAGCUAAAUAAAGCUCGGUUGGAUUUCUCGGAGGAAGAAGAUGAAGAAGAAACAGGGAAAUGGGAAUCUGAAAUGACUCAAGAACGUGAGCUGCCAGAUGAUAAUUAUGUGUCUGAUGAUAAUGGAGAAAAAAAUGAGGUCUUACUGAGAUCAAAUCCUUCAUCUAGUGGUUAUGAUGAUUAUAAUGAUGAUGACGAAGAAAGUAGUGAAGAGGAAGAAGCUAAUAACAAAAGAGCUCAUGUGUUGGACAAAACCGAUGAUAUGGAUGCUGAGUUCUACCAGUCAGACAGUCCACCAUCUAUUGAAAUCUUACCCAGCGAGCGAGCAAUGUAUUACUCCGAAGUUGGGAAUAUGAUUUACGGGCAAACCUCUUGCAAGGAGAAUGAAAGGUUUGAUUCUGUAGUUGGACAAGGAAGCUUAUUUGUAGAGGUUGAUACCAUUCCCAUUCCAGGACCUCCAGGAUCGUUUUUACCAAGUCCUCGAGAUAUGGGUUUUGAUGAGAAUCUUGGGAACUCGUCGGUUAUCACAAGCCAGGUUCAAUCUUCCAUGGAUCAGCUUGACAGAAACUCAUCUGAAUCACCUGUUUCCGCUGUUUCAAACUUUGCAGCUGGUAGAUUGAAUUUUCCUGCUGAGUUAUCUUCCUCUUUCCGAGAAAAUUUCUCCCCGGAUAUUGCCGUGUCCUACUCGAAAACCCCGAUGAGCUUUUGUGUUCCAUCUCAUCAUGGGACAAUCACCGAGGCUGAGCCAAUUACCAUUGACAAGACAACAGCACCUUCCAGAUUUAGAAACAAUGAUCAAGAGUCUUGUUGUUGCCAAAGAAAAGAGAGAAUCUCCGAGGGAAUUACUUUAAAUCAUCAAGGAUCUCACUUGCUGCAGCGAAGAGCAGCUUCUUCGUCAAUCACCAUGAAUUUAACUAAUUCACCCACUCGUUUGGAUCCAAAUCAUCCAUUUGAGCGGUCACCAUACAAGAUCCAACAAGAUUUCGAUCUUCAGAGUAAGUUCUCCAGCAGAACGAAUCUCAACGCCGCUGUGCCUCCAAGUCCUUCUAACCCGGUUUUAAGGUUAAUGGGAAAAGACUUGAUGGUCAUGAACCAAGGAGAAGCAGAUGAAGAAGCAUCCGGGUCUAGCUUAACACCAACCCCUCAGUUUGUUGAUCCUCCUUGUGGUGGAACUGGCUUAUACUUCAACACAGCCAGUCCCAGCUAUAUCCACGGGUGGUAUUUCGGGUCGGGUCAAACCGGUCAACGAAAUCGGAAAACUCGCCGGAAGAAUAUGACUCCGACGUCGGCGACAACAACGUACACAUCAAUUCCGAUUCCUACCGGCGACGUCAUCUCCCGAUCAAUCCAUAAUCUCACUUCCGCUAUCUCUAGCCACCGUCCCUGGUCAGAACUCGUCUUCUCCGGCGAUUUCUCUCUCCCGGAGAGAUUCUCCUCUCUUCUCCUCCGAUCAAAGACGAAUUUCAACUACUUUUUCGUGAACUACACGAUCGUCGUCGCCACUUUUGCAGCGUUCGCUCUCAUCACAGCUAGUCCCGUCGCGUUAAUCGUCGUCGGCGUAAUCAUCGCUUUGUGGCUUCUCUUUCACUUCUUCAGAGAAGAUCCACUUAUUCUCUGGAGCUUUCAGGUCGGUGAUCGUACGGUGGUGUUGUUUCUAGUCUUGGCUUCCGUUUGGGCUAUAUGGUUCACUAGCUCCGCCGUGAAUUUAGCGGUUGGUGUUAGCGUUGGCUUGCUAUUGUGCAUUAUUCACUCUGUUCUUAGAAACUCCGACGAGCUUUUCCUUGAGGAAGCUGAUGCUGUUAACGGAGGCUUGAUCGGGUCUAAUCUCCGUGAAGGAACCAACUUGCUCUAUCCAUUUUUCUUCACAUGUUACUUCUGAUUUUCAGAUACAAUGUAUCAAGUCUUGCUUCAAGCUUCAUUUUUGUCAUGAAGCUUGAGACCAACUUGUUUAAAGUAGAUCUUAAAGUCACAGCUCUUGACUGUUAGUUAUUAGAUACUAAAGAGAAUUCAGGAAU